AGGCAUCAGUUGUGCAUCUAUUCAAAAUAUAAAAAUCUGACUAAAAACACAAUAAAUAACUAUCUAAAAGUCUGCUAUAAAUAGGUAUUGUUAAGAAGUGAACCCUGCUAGUUAGAAAUAGGAAAUAUCUAAAGAAUGUGUCUAAAGUUGUAUCAGUUACUGUAUUAUUUCAUUUGUCUUUGUAACAAUUAGUUGUUUAUUUAUAUAUAUUUUUGCCUGAAUUUACAUUCAGCUGUGAAAACAGACGAUCUUCGUGCUGAUAAUGUUUACAGCAUCACAGCAGACCACAGAGACACAAUUUAACCGAAAACCCUCGGCACAGAACUAGUUUGAGCAGGUUCAUGCAAACAUUAAUAUUAAUAAAAAUGCCACUCACAGUAUGUCAGCAACAUUGGGGUACAAACCAGACUCUAAAGGGUCCUCUUUUCCUAUCUUGGUACAUUUGGGACCAACUAAUCUGUUUUUUUUUUUACUAAAUGAAAACACCAGUCUUACCUACAAGGAAGGAUAUAAACUGUGUGUAACUCAUUAAUAGAACCUCACUUCAAAAUUCUUGACCUAUGCCUUUAAGAACUGACUAGCAUCAGCGCUGGUCUAGCAUUAGAACUGGGGGAGCUGACUGGGGCGGUGGGGGUCAGUUGGGGGAGCUUUGUGUGCCUUUUGUCUGUUCCUUGUCCCCUAGCGGUAAAAUGCAUUAACCGCCCCUGCUCACUUGACCUGUCAAAUCCACCGAAGGCAGACACAACCGCCGCCCACUACGCAGGCGCCGUGUGCAGCAUUCCGCGCCUUCUGCAGGAGCAGCGGCAGCUCCGGGUUCGGUGAUCUUCUUCUUGGCACCGCAUCACAUUUGUUCAGCACAGAGCCCUGCAGCCAGAGUCGCGGUUCUUCCCAGGGGGUCCAGGCUUCGCAUGGAUAGCUGUCUGCUGAGCUCGUUGCUUCUCUUCCUCGCUGCCUUUGUGGUGGUUUUUCGACAGAAAACACUCCUUCCCGAGUAGCCGGAAUCCGCAGGGCUUGACCAGAAGACCCGUCUUGGCGUUGUGACGCUUCAUAGCCGCAAUGCUGGGGUUACAGGGAAAUGCUUCAGCGCCUAAAGUGUAUCGCUGUGUGGCGUGUUCAGAAACCUUCACUGGAUUAGCCUCCCUGCUUGUACAUCAGGCUACUCAUGCGAAUACCGACUCAAAGAACUCUACUCCUCCAACAAGGCCUAACAACAGCCUGCAGGAAACCCAGUUUGCGAAUGAAGUCUCAGCUGCUGAAAAGUCUGCUUCUCCAGCUCGUCUGCCUGAGAGCCCUGCAUCUUCUUUUUACAUUUGUGAUUGUGGGGAUGAAUUUCUGGACUUCCAUCUCAUGCUGGAACAUAAACGUUCACAUGUCUGUCAGCUACAGCAGCCUGUGGUUGACAAUAUUGCCCUGUCUGGUGAAACAGGGAGUGAUAAUUUUUUUCCAACCCAGCAGACAUUAUUCGCCCCUGUUAUUCAGACCGGUUUAGACCUCAGCUCCCCCUCCACCUCCAAGUCCUCUGGCUCUGAGGUACCCACAUCAAAUGCGCUUUCAAGAGAUAUGGCCUUGGAAGACGACGUUGCCAUGGCAACCCCUCCUCAUGGCCAACGCACACCCCCUCAAGAUGUCAGUGUGAAACCAAUUGAGGCCGUGUCUACCACAGCAGAGCCCUUGCCAGAGAGCGAAGAAGACAUGGAUUUGGAGGACAACAUCGAUUCUGUCCCCCACUCUGAACGGGUGGAAAAUGUGCAAAAAAACAACAUCCUCAUGAAGCUGUUGGCAUCUGCGUACCAGAACUGUUUGCCACCUCCUGUGUCUGAGAAUGAAAGCGAAAACAAAGUCGUUCCCAAGCAAGAAGACAUUCCUGUUGAAAUAACUCCAGUUACUAAAGCUGAUAUGUCUCCAGGCAACGACCUCUCCAUUGUCCAGUUGAGGCGAUUGCUUGCUAAACCUGGAAUAAAAACAAAAGCUCCACCCAUCAGCAGAAUUCUGGAAUCAAGUAAGAAGCGGGUCGUCUCUCUUACUAAGACUCUUUCUCCUGUUGUGGUUCUGGAGACCCGUCAAAAGCUCAUGGAUCCGACUUGCAAGGGCCUUUAUGGAAGAUAUCAAUGUGGCCGCUGUCGUAAAGUUUUUCAUAACUUGGACAGAUUGACAGAGCAUCAUUUUUUGCACAAAAAGGAAAGGAUUAAAUGUUGCCGCCGCUGCAAACAGCUCAUUAUUGGGCGGCUGCCUUUUUCUGACAAUCACGUCUGUCCUCAGAUAAGCAAAAACUGUCUCCGGCCAGCAAAGCGUCUUCCAAACAAGUCACCCUUCGCCCCCAAAAUAGUGCCAUUUCAUAGUCUGAACAAUGCCAAAAAGGUUUUCUUCUGUCCAGUGUGCAAAAACAGCUAUGCACGAAGGUGGAACCUCAAAACACACCGUUGUCAUGGUCCAGCGUCGGGUGUCCCGAGGCACAUCGGUCCCUCAUUUCAGAGAAUGUUUGCAAUGAAGUCUAACCUUGGUGCCAAAACUGAAAGAGUUGAAGAUGCAAAUGGAGAGUUUAAGAGUGUCGCCGUAGGAACUGAAGUAAAGGCUCACAUCAAGGUGGAGGGAACUUCUUCGGAUUCAGGGCUGUCCACAGUUUCACCGUUGGCUUGGACUCCUCCUGCAAAAAGAUUUCCUCCAUUUACCUUAAAAACCUCCAUGAUCGAUUCGCUUCAGGAUCCCUCAGUAGCUUCCCCUGAGGAAGCGGAUGAAAGCUGGAAAAUAGAAGAGCUUAAGGGGGAAAACGGCAAUGAGGGGCAGUGGACAAUGCCCUUAGAUGAUGAAAUGCAGGUGCUCAGUUCCACCGACAAACCUGAAGACGACAGUCAGCUGACGCAGUCUGGAAUUGUCGAACACGCAGAGAUGGCCCCCCAUAGUCUGCCUUUUUUUUUCAUUGAAGGUGUAAAGCGUUACCCUUGUAACAGGUGUCACAAAACCUACAGUAAGGCCUCAACUUUGAGGCGUCACCUGCGACUAUGUGGGAUCAGGCCACCUGGGUUUGAGACUGUAGCUCAGACUCAGGCUCAAAGUGCCACGACUCUAAACGCCGGUUAUGUGAAACCCAUGUUUACCUGCUUUGUCUGCGGGAGGGCUUUCAAUCGCAAGGACAACAUGAUGACUCACAGGAAGAGAUGUCAGCUGAAGCGAACAAUGUCUGGUGUGGGUGGAGGGAUCGUACAGCAGAGUUUGCAAGGCAAUGCGCGCACUGAUGGUCAAAUCCAGGGGGAGGACAGUGCCGGGAACUGGGGCAUCAUGUCACUGCCAUCUGUGCUCCCAAGGAGGGUCACAUGCGAGUGUGGGGUCGGAUUUACAUCCCCAAGGCUUCUUCUGGAGCAUCUACAGAAGCAUGCACAGGAAUCGUACACAUGUCCGACCUGUGGAGAGACCGUGAAUUCCUGGGCUGACUAUGAAGUUCACCUGCAGAUCCAUAUGCAUCCUCAGCACCAGCUGGUGAAGGGAGUGCAACCACAGCGAUCACAACCUGUUUUACUUCGACUGCCACAGCCCGCUAAGUCCAUGCUUCCACCUCUGCAGAAACCGCCACACCCAGAGCCCUCCCAGCACCUACACCCGCUCUCGGUAAAAAAGGGGCAGCGUAUCGUAUGCACCCGGUGUGGGAAUAGUUUUGCCACCCGCUGUUCCCUUCGUAGGCACAUAUCCUGGAAUCGCUGCAAAGGUGUUAGGGCCACAAACCCCCCCACAAAUCCACCCAAAACCUUCCACUGUUCACACUGCAACUCUGAUUUCCCCAACAGCAUCAGCCUCAUGUUCCACCAGAGGAACGGAGCGUGCAAACCUGCCAUCAAGCCCGUGCGUUGCCCAAUCUGUCUUCGAUGGUUUGGCACCAUGGACAGUCUGCAGAAACACCUGCUCACUCACAAGCAGUCUGACUCGUUCCGCUGCGACGUGUGUCAGGGUACGUACAGGAGCCUCAAAUCACUGAAGAACCACCGCAGGAGGAUUCAUCGCAUCCUGAUCGGACAGCCAAAGCCUACACCACACGAACCGCUGACGUCCGAAUGCCACCUGAAUUUAACUGACUAAAGGAUUCACAAAAUGGUGUGUGUAAAACCAGAGCCUGUUUUUAUUAUUCUUUAAUCCUUUUAGAAUUUUCAAACGUUUUCCACUUCGCAGAGCUUAAAUGGACUCAAUUUGUAAGCUGUUUCGGAAAAACUUUUACAAGUUGUUUUAGCUUGCUGCUGUUAUAAAUUAGCUUUGUCAGAGUAUGCAUUUUAGUUUGUAGCUUAAUCCACCCUGUUCAUUAGCCUUUUGAGUUUGUAAAUGAUUCCAUGAAUAUUUAGUGAUGAAACUUCACAUUUGGUGAUGUAGCUUCUUGUUGUUCUUGGUGUUAAUAAACAAGUGUGUUCAA